AACUGAAUCAACUCCCAACUUAAAUAGAACGAGUGUUCUCUUGUACUCCACUCUCGCACUCUCCUUUUCCUCUUUUGUUUUUACAAAAAACCUAGAUUCAGUACAAGCUUCUUCUUGAAAAAAAAUUAGUUGGAGAAGGUUAUUAUAUCAUCAAGAUUCAAGAUCAGGUUGAUCUUUCUAACUCAUCAUGGAUUUCUCUGAAGGAUAUAAAGCGCACUUCCCCAUCGGCUCUGUCCUUUGUCCGCCUCUUCUUUUACCUGAAUCUGUAGUAAAAUCUACAGUCGGUCCGCUUCUAUUUAGCCCUUCUACUGGAACCCGAAGAACAGUAUCUCCAUCUCCAUCUACUACUCAAGUUAAGUCUGAUGAUUUCUCUGCUAACAACAAUCUCGGUUUUAUCAAAUGCCCUGACAAUGAUUGGUUUUCUUCCCUACUGGGGAUAAACUCCAGACACUCGGGUAUGCUAAAUUGUCCCUAAAAGUAGAUGGAGAACCACCAAUCUAUGGUAAAUCAGAAUGUGAGUUUGGAGGAAUUGUUAAGAUUAUGGUUAAUUCAGUUUGGAAGCCUGCUGAUUUUGUUUCUCAUAAGUAUCUUCCACCACCACCUUCUGUUGUUACUCUAGGUUAUUUGUCAGCUUGUACAACCCACUCUGUCCAUUGGUUUAAGAUUGACUGGGAUCGUAAACAACAUCAACAUGUAUUGGUUAACUUGGGUUCCGAGCAGUUCUCUGCUUCUGUUCUUCAUGCUUGUUGGGGUCCACUUAUGAAUUAUCAAAGUCUUGUUUUGUUAGAUAGUGGUGAACUGAUCUUAUUUGAUUGGGGUCCCGAACCUGAAAGAACUAGUUUAGAUGUUGAAUGGAAGGAUUCAGAUUCGGGUACAUUAACUUCAGAUACAAGAUGGUUGAGUUGUGAAUUUGGUUCGCAUCCUCUGCUUUUUUUUAUUGCUUGUUCAGAUGUUGUUUACCAAGUCGAUGGGAGGUUUCAUGACAAGUAUAUUGCAAGCGUUCUAGCAAAGAUUGAGUUGUUUGCUGACACACACGAGCCUGACGAAUUCAUUGCAUUUUGUAGAGCCGGUUCUGGAGGUUUAAAUUUCUGUAUAGCAAGUAAAUAUGGCAUAUAUCUCAUAGACACCAGAAAGCCACUAUCUACUGUGUUACAAUGGAUUCACAAUCUUGAUGAUAAACCAAGUUAUAUGCAGGUGUUCGAACUUUCUGAAUUAAGGUCCAAGGCAGAUCGUGACAAAUAUCAAUGGGCCACUCAAUCUGGUUUUGUCAUUUUGCUGGGGUCAUUUUUGGAUGAUGACUUUAGUUUUUUCUUCUAUGGGCCUCCUGUGCCAGCUCCACCUAAAUCAGUGGCUUCUAAAGUUGCAGAUUUAUGCCACACCUUAUAUGCAUGGGGGCAUUCUGCGUAUCUAUCUUUGUCCGGUUCCCGAUGCUAUAGUGGUGAUUGCCUCAUACAAGAGAAGUUAUCACAUGCAAGGCGUCCUAAGAGAAAAAUCACGGGCUUCUGCGUCAUCACUGAAGAUCUCUUAAACAUCCAUCUUGAACGUGGUGUUGGCUGCAGUUUUGGACUCAUUAGGUUGUUGCCCUCUGGGAAGAUUGAGUCACAGAUGUACAAUGCUUCUUGGGAGUUUGACGAACCAUCUGCAAUAGAGCAUUUGGAACCAGCCGAAUCACCGGAUGAAGACUUUUGUAUGGAUCAUACUUGUAAGAAAAAAAAGUAUUUGGAACUAGAUUAUUUCCUUUCUUAUUUACAUGGUGAUCUUCUUGCAAAAGUCAUGAAGGAGGGUGCUGGUUGUUCGCAGUCAUGUACUCAUGAAAGGUACAAAUAUUUGCACGACCAUUUGAAGGCUGCUAGUGUUGAUCAAAUUGGUUCACUGCCUGAUAUUGUUAAGAUUUUAACUUCUGUUAGUGUUCCAAUGAGCAUAAAUGAGAUUGCUGUAAGUAGAAUGUGGACUGGCCUAUCCAUCAGUGCUUUACAGCUAGGGUUUUCUUCUUAUCCAGAACUCCCCCAUGGACUUCUUACAUAUUCCGAAGUCUCCCCAGCUGCCACCAUUUUUAUUGAGGAAGCCUUCGAGAAGAUAUAAGGAGUCCCAAGAAGUGAAACCUGGAGAUGAUCUUUUGGGACCAGUGCUUCCUCUUCCGGUUCUAGUCAAUCUUCGUAAGGUAGAAAAGGAGAUGGGCACAUCAGCUGCGGACAAAAAUGAAGAAAAUGAAUUUUUAUUAACUCACCAAUGAAAUGAGAUCAUGAGAGUGGCCAACAUUAUGGGUUUGCCAGGCUCUUCAGCUGAGUUACCGGACUCCCAUGCUGUUUCUCUUGAUGAUGACAUGGACGAAAACUCUAGUGUUUUCCAUGAUAAAGUCAUUGGUCUUUUAUAAACCAACAUCAUUCCCUAGUGAGAACCGCCACUCUGUGGAACAGCCUGUUUCAGAAGAUACCUGUGCGACAUCCAUCAUGAAAGCGAACAAAUCUGAUUUAGAAAUGUUUGAUGAUCUGUGCCCAAUUGAGUUGAAGUUUGAUGAUUCUCCUUCUAGAAACUUUGGGAUGGAGGAGUUGGAGGCACUCAAGUUGUUGAAGAGACGAAUUUCCUCAUGGCAGCGAAAGUAUAAGCCCUAUCAGGCUUUAGUUGGACGUCAAGCGUAAAAGAUGAUAACACUCUUUAGCUAUCCAGGUAGAAAAAUUGGUCACAAGCAACUCUACACUAUUUAGCUGUAUUAGUUGCACAUUUGUUUAGUAAAUUUGGUUUCAUCCAAUUCUUUCCUGGGUAGGCACACACUAGAUCCUCACUUGUCAUUCUAACUAUAUAUAUAUAUGCUUUUUGAUUGAACAUUAUUCCCAUGGAAUUCAUCUCUCUAAUAGUUUGAUUCGCGGUGGAAUGAUGAGUUUUUUUUUUGUUUUUUUUUUUCUUUUGCGUCUUUGUAUAUGUGGGUGUGUGCCUGAUUCUAGUUGAACCAUUUGUGGUUCACUCUUGGAAAAAAAAAUUAUUUGAUUAUUUUUGUUGCUCUGUGGAAGGAUGACAUAUUUUAUCAUCAGAUGAUGAAAUAGAUUCAUAUCAUUUCAUCAAUGCUAUGGUCCUUGCAGAGGGAUAACAACAUGUGCUAAAUGCCCACCAUUUUUAAUAUAAAUUACCUGACUACCCCUUA